UGACCCAGAUGAAAAGUUACAAGGAGAAGAAAACUCGGAAAGCAAAGGCGAAAUCAUGUCUCUUUGCUGGUGUUUCGGCAACCCUCUUCACUCGAAUCAUGACCUUAAAAACAGCAAAAGAAAUAUGGGAGUAUCUAAAGAAGGAGUAUGCAGGGGAUGAAAGGAUUCGAGGUAUGCAAGUGUUGAAUUUGAUGAGAGAAUUUGAGCUUCAAAAGAUGAAGGAGUCUGAGACCAUUAAAGAGUACUCAGACAGAUUGCUUGCCAUUGUUAACAAGGUAAGAUUACUUGGCACAAAUUUUUUGGAUUGCAGAAUUAUCGAAAAAAUUCUUGUAACUGUGCCAGAAAGGUAUGAGGCAUCCAUAACCACUCUAGAAAACACAAAAGAUCUGUCCAAGAUUACCUUGGCAGAGGUGUUACAUGCCUUGCAGGCCCAAGAGCAACGGAGGCUUAUGAGACAAGAUCAAGUGGUUGAAGGUGCAUUACCGGCAAAGCAUCACAGUGGAAAGAAAAACUUCAAGAAGCAUAAACAAACAAGCGGUGAAAACACUACAUACAAAGGCAAGGGCAAAAAGAAAAAUUACCCACCUUGUGAGCAUUGCGGAAAAUUGGGUCAUCCACCAUUCAGGUGUUGGAAAAGACCAGAUGCAAAAUGCAACAAGUGUAAUCAGCUUGGACAUGAAGCUGUAAUUUGUGGAAGCAAACAACAUGAAGUCAAUGCCCAAGUUGUUGAGCAAGAUGACGAAGAUCAUAUUUUCUCUGCUUCAAUUUUUUCAGCAAAGAGUAACUCUGAAUCUGAAGUAAGGGAUUCACCAUGUUCUUGGAAAACUGGACUAUCCAUUGGGGUCAUGUGUUGUAAGGUAUCAAUAGGUGGAGAUGAUGGUUCAGGAGGACUUUGAUCAAGACCUGGAUUGACAGAGACAUUGGAAAUAUUUGACUCAACCACUGGAAUAGGGAGAACUUGUUGUAUGACAUGAACAUCUUGAACAGCCGGUUGGGCUUCAUUCAUUAAGAGAUCAUAUCAUGGUUGGUCAUUUUUAAAGAUGUCAGCUUGUUUGUCGAAUCAUAGAGGCGUUGGAUAUCAUUGGCAUAGAUGUUCUGAGCCAUCUUCCAAAAGGAGUGACAUGUUUUGAAGGCUCUGAUGGACAUCAAAAGUCUUGGUUCCACCGACUGCCACAACAAAGCACAUAGUUGGAAAUCUGCCUGUUUCCACUGUUUAGCUUUUUCAGUAAGUACAUGGCUUUCAUCUUUCUCAAGGUGGUCGUGAUGUCCUUGACAAAGAAACCACAUUUAGACGGCAACAGACCAAGAUAGAUAAUUUCAGCCAUUUAGUUUCUCAGAAGGGAUGUAGGGCUUCCAAAGAAUGAAAUAGCACCUCCAACACUUCUAGUGGCCUUUUCAGAUCAAGGGGACAAAGAAAACAAAGAGAAGAUGCAGAAACAGUGAGGAUUUUUGAAAACCCUAGGGAGAUUUCCGCAAGGGAGGCUUCUGGACUACACCGAAAUGGAAUUUUAAGGGUCAAAACAGACAGAGGAGACUUCGGAAAGAGCUAUGGAAGUGGUGUGGUGAAGAUCCAACAAGAGGAUGGUGGCACGUGGACUUCACGCGCAUGUUCGAAGCAGAGAGAGAUGUGGCGCGUGAAUGGGAGUCUGGAUCCGGCACCGGCGGGGGUGGCUAUCGCUCGGAGAGGCGCUCCAGAUUUAGUGGUCGCCGGCGAAAACUAGGGUGGCCAUUGACGGCGGUCGGCGGCGAACAGCAGCUGACGGUGGCGGACGACGACAAAUUGGCAAAAAAGAGUGGUUAACACGUUGGAGAGCUCCAAACAGAGGUGGACAUUAGCAAACAGGCAAGACAUAUGCGGAUAGCAGUGAUUAGUGUUGCCGGA